UUUCUCAUUAUUAAAUCGAUAAUAUCAGAGCACAGAGCUGGCUUGGCUAGCUAGCUAUCUCGCCGUCCGGAAGUUCCCCCUUUCGGGGUCGGAUUUGUCGCAUCAACAACACAAUGCCAGAGUGGCGCCCGCGGGUAUCGGAAGGAAAGCUGGAACCUCAUCAGAUGAACUCGGAGUGGUUCAGUGAUAGUACUCUGACCUAGCCAGCACCCCAGAACAACCUGGACGACGACGCGUAAUUGCUAGAUAGAAGUUCUUUUAUGAAUAUUUAAUUUCCUGAAAACGACUACCCAGUGUAGUGCUGUUUGUCGACGGGCGAAUUCCGGAAAGUUCCACCCCCUCACCCAAAGUGGCAGCAGGUGGUAGAGGCAACUGAUUUCCAUUUUCCCACCCUACGCUGUUUAGGAAAGAAAAGAAAUUACACUCGAAGGAAAAGAAGCAGAACAAUCUCUCUGAACUAAAACAGCAGCAAAAUGGACGAUCUCUUUGGCAAAAAGAAGGAGGUCGUUCCCAUUCUGGACCUCUCCCGGGUGACGGCCAUGACCCGGGAGGAGUUUAAGAAAAUGUUCGAAAAAGUGCCGGACUACAAGAUGCGCCCGAUCAAGGUGCGUCCGGAGGAAAUCCGCUUCAAGGAUAAGGAGGUGAAUUUUAAGAUGCCCAAAAAGGAGCUUAAGAUGCUGCUGAAAAAUGGUGGUGAUCGGGACAAGCUGUACACCUACAUGGAUCCGAUUCCGACGGAAAUGCGGAACCUGGUCAUCAUGGAGUUGUGCGCGGUUUCGAUCGAUUGGAAAAUGUUGACGGCCCAGAGGCCGAAAACCAAAGUCGAGGAGGAUUAUUUCAGCAAACUGGUGGAGUUGGGCAAGCUACAAAUCAAAACCGAGCAACGUGAUAAGCGUGAGAACCAGCUGUCCUCGUCGGUGCGUAAGGUGAAAACCAAGGCCGGCAUCAUCGAGUCCCGCGUGGUGACCUGCAACGAGUGCCUGGAGGAGUUUUGCAACGGGAAGGUCUGUUUGGACUUCAACUACGACCUUUAUACCCGGGUCGUUCCGAAGGCUCCGCUGCAGAAGACUAACUCGCAGCAGCAGAUGACCACCUCGAAAUCAUUGGCCGAUCUAAACCAGAAGAGUGUGGACAGUGGUGGUUCGGCAGCGGAAAGUUUGAAGAAAAGGCGCCGCUCGCUUAGGAGGAAAUCGAAGUCGGUGAAGCUGAAAUCUACCGAUGACGACGAUGGGAAUCAAAGUGCGGGCAAUGCUGACGGGAAGAAGAAAACAAGGAAAGCACCCCGGAGCAAGUCCAAGUAGAUUUGUGUUAAUAGUGAAAUUUUUCUCAGAACUAUCGUUUAGUUUGAUUUAAAUAUUAAACGGUUUUACCACUUUGUUGGGUGUUAAUU